UACUUUCGCCAGAUUGACGUUUCCAUCAAACUCCAGAUCGCAACCUCCGUACUCCAGAACCCGCACCGUUUGGGUCCGCGCCCUCUCUUUCCCUAUCUCUUCGAUCGUCAUUGCACAUUUGCACCUGCAUCUGUAUCGAGAUCCUGUUAUCUCUCGGAGCACCAAUUAGCAUCUAGCCGCCGAUCGAUUCCGUGUCUUUUCCCGCCAUGGCUUCCUGGCUCAAGGUAGCCGAAGAUCUUCUAGAAGUUGUGGACCGAAGAGCAAAACUUGUUGUGAGUGAAUUGUCAGAGGAACAAUCUGAUUUACAAGCCUCAGCAUCCAAUGAAUGGGAAGUGAAAGCCAAAAACUUAAAAUCUAAGGCGAAGGGUCCACCAAGGAAAACUGUUGGUAAAACUGGGAAGAGUGCUUCAGCAGAGCAAGAGCAGACUGCUCAAGAAGAGCUCAAUUCGAAGGUUGAAAGAGUUGAUCAUUUGGGAAAUGGAAGUGCUCCGGAAGUUUCUGCCAAAAUCACAUCUGAAGCUUCUUUGGAAGUGCUAUCUAAUACCAGCAAAGAUGUAGAAAUAUCAAAUGCUGCAUCUUCAGGUGUCCCUGAAACUCUUGAAGCUGAGAAUGAGACCAAUGAAGUUAAAGAGGUUCCUACUAUAGAGAAUAAUGUUGAACUAGCAUAUUCCACAACCAAUGAUACUUCUCUUGUUGCAAAUUCAGAAGAAGUAAAGGGUGAAGGCCCUGAAAAUGCUAAUGGGAAUCAUCCCGCUGAUACUGUUUUUAAAGGAAGUGCAGCUGUUGUGGAUACGCAUUUGGCAUUUAAUGAUGUGAGUAGAGAGCGUCAAACAGCUCAGAAACAUGUUAUCAGCAAUGGCCAUGAAAAAGAGUCCUUUCCAGAAGAAUCACCAAUGACAAACCAACAGGUAGAAAAUAAAACUGGUUCAGCUCUUAUGAAAGUUCAAGACCAAAUUGAUGAGGCUCAAGGAUUACUUAAGACUGCAGUUUCUUCUGGGCAUUCAAAAGAGGCAAGGCUAGCCAAGGUUUGUGCUGGGCUUUCCUCUCGUCUUCAAGAAUACAAGUCUGAGAAUGCUCAGCUUGAGGAACUUCUUGUUGCUGAGAGAGAGCUUAGUAGUUCAUAUGAAGCUCGCAUAAAGCAGCUGCAGCAAGAUUUAUCUGCAGUGAAGGCUGAAGCAGCAAGAGCGGAAACAAAUAUGACUGAAGCCUUAGCUGCAAAGAACACUGAAAUUGAGUCUCUUGUUGGCACAGUUGAUACUUUAAAGAAACAAGUAUCUACUUCAGAAGGAAAGCUCGUAUCUUUACAGGCAAACAUGGAAGCACUUAUGAGGAGUAGGGAGCUAACGGAGAGCAGAAUGAUUCAAGCUUUGCGGGAAGAGCUUGCUACUGUGGAGAACAGGGCUGAAGCAGAGCGUGCAGCACACAAUGCUACCAAAAUGGCUGCAGUGGAAAGAGAAGUUGAACUAGAGCAUCGAGCUGUUGAGGCAUCUAAUGCUCUUGCUAGGAUACAGAGAACUGCACAUGAAAGCACAUCCAGAGCCAAUGAGUUGGAGCACAAAGUUGCUUUACUGGAGGUUGAGUGCUCAUCUCUAACCCAAGAAUUACAAGAAAUGGAAGCAUGCAGUCGUCGUGGACAAAAGAAGCCUUCUGAAGAAAAUAUUCAAAUCCUUCAGAUACAAGCUUGGCAGGAAGAAGUGGAGCGUGCACGGCAAUGUCAGAGAGAGGCUGAAAACAAAAUUUCUUCCAUGGAGGCUGAAUUACAAAAAAUGAGGGUUGAAAUGGCCGGGAUGAAGAGGGAUGCAGACCAUUACUCACGCCAGGAACAUAUGGAAUUAGAGAAAAGAUACCGCGAGCUUACUGAUCUGUUAUACCAUAAGCAAACACAGCUGGAGGCCAUGGCUAGUGAAAAAGCAGCUGCUGAGUUUCAGAUAGAGAAAGAAAUAAAACGAUUGCAAGAGGCUCAGGUUGAAGCAGAAAGAAGCAGAGCUUCCCGGCGUUCUACAGCAUUUUGGGAGGAAGAUGCUGAUAUAAAAGCUCUCGAGCCUCUUCCAUUACACCAUAGACAUAUGGCUACAGCAAGCAUACAGCUACAAAGAGCGGCAAUUCUUUUGGACUCUGGCGCUGUUAAAGCCACUCGAUUUUUGUGGCGGUAUCCAGUUGCUCGUGUGUUGCUACUGUUUUACUUGGUAUUUGUGCAUCUGUUCUUGAUGUACUUGUUGCAUCGCCUUCAGGCACAGGCAGAGGAUUUCUCAAGAGAAGUUGCAGCAUCCAUGGGCUUAGCCAAUUCAGUCCUGCCAUAGUUUGUCUUAUCUUCAUGUGACGGUAGUGCCUGUCCUUACCUCUUGUAAAUGUUUUUGUUAUUGUGUCAAGCUGUCAUAUAUUUUUAUUUUUAUUUUUCUAUUCUUUUUCGUUUUUCUUCAUGGAAAUAUAUAUAUGGAAAAAAAAGUGAGCAGAAAGAAAUAUAUAGGAACUGUUAUUUUUAUUUUAUUGGCCUUCUAAUUGCUUGUUUCUUAAUGAUGUUUGCUUAUGUGCUUUCUUGUUGCUGCGAGUUGCCCUAAUAUGCUGGAACAGCAGCUAAUGAGAACAUAUCUCCAAGCAUUGAAAAUGCAACUAAUUACCCUUUUUUUC